AUGCAACGGACAUUUCGCGUCACAAUUGGUGGUCGUGAAGAGGUAGUAACACGAACACAGCUGCCGUUAACACCGGCCUAUGCAUUUACGGACUAUCGAUCGCAGGGUCAAACAAUUGACAACGCUAUUAUCGAUAUCGGAACACCACCCAGUGGAGAACUUACUCCGUUCAGCAUAUACGUUGCAUUAUCUCGAGGACACGGUCGAGAUAAUAUUCGUCUUCUUUGGGAUUUUGAUGAAAAGUUAUUGACGAGUCAUCCUAAUGAAUACCUUCGACUUGAGGAUCGGCGAUUGGUGGAACUUGACGAGGCAACAGAGAAGUGGUGGAGAACAUGCGUAAAUGCAAAUUAG